ACUGCUCAAUGACCGAGAGAAGCUGAUGCAGAUCCUGCUGACUGCAGUACUGUACAUGUCCUCCAGUCCACCAGGGGGCGCUCUCUAGAUUUUCUUAUUGAUUUUUUAUUUAUUUUUUAAAUAGCAGUUUUCGAUUCAUAAGCUUGACGUUUACACGUUGCCAUGACAACAAAGAAUUAAUCCGCCCCAAACUCUUGAGUUAGUUCACCUGCAACAGAAUGAAAACAACAGGACAGAAAACUGUAUGAUCAGGGAAAGGAAGGCAUGGGUAAACUACACAAAGGACUAUAUGUGUCUCAGGGAUGUGCUUCAUCCAUUCCUACUAAGUACCAGACAGUCAUCAUCAGUAAUGAAGAGAAGAAAGGCUUUUCCUCUCAGACAAAGAGGCUUCAGGAUCACCUGAAUGAGAACCCAGGGCCUGGUUCAUAUAUCUCACAUGCAUCUGUUGAAGGAUCCAGUCCUUCAUUCUCUAAGAGAGGAACAGGCAGCUUUGCGUCAAAAGCUGGUCGUGUGCCCCGUAGCUUUCCGAGGUUAAGCCCAGGACCUGAUGCUUAUAACCUCCAGACGUCUCUGCUUCACAAGCAUGAUUUUAACAGAGGAGAAUCCAGAACGUUCCGUCUGCCUCUUGCAGUAAAGAGGGAAACGCAAAAAAGUGAAAAUCCUGCUCCAAAUCAGUAUGAUGUGUGUUAUAGUGUCGUGGACAGAAAUUCAACCGUUUCAGCUCGCUGUGCGUUUCGCUCCAAAACCAGACGUAGUGCCAGUGUCUCGGACAACUUUAAAGGACCUUCUCCCUGCCACUAUAAAGUGAGUGAUGUUAUGAUCCAGAAGACUCCUCAAGUUCCUGUCUCCUGUUUUAAAUCCACCACUGCCCGGAUCCAGCCACCAGUGAGAAACAACAUCCCCGGUCCCGGGACCUACAACCCAUAUCAACCUCCAGAACCCGUGAAAAGAACUGUUCUGCCAAGGAGACACUACUUGGGAUUAUCAGCGCCACCUCUGAUACCCGCCAAAGACCCACCCUUCCCCGGCCCGGGACACUAUGACAUAGUGCACGACAAUCGUCCAGCCAAACAGCUUGUGUCCAGCGCCGCCUUCCUGUCUGGAACAAGCAGGUGGAUACAGGAGGCCAAAGGACAGGACAUACCUGGUCCAGGUUUCUAUGAACCCACGGUCCUUUCAAAGACAUCAUUUUUGUAUAAUCCUGCAAAAAUGUGGAUACCUGCUUAGACUUUUGAAUACGUUUUAGUAAAGAUUUACUUAAAGAUUUGAA